AUGCUGCCCCCAGAGCCACCAGCCGCGCGGGAUUGGGACACGAUGGGCACGCGCAGCAGCCCGCAUCGCCGCCAUGACGCCCCGCGCAUUCUUAGGAUUAGCUGA